AUGGAAUUCUUCAAUAUACUCAAGAUAUAUUGGGUUUUGUUGAUCAUCUGCUUGAUAUCUAAAUUGGGUCAUGGGUUUUAUCACCCUGGUAGUUAUCCUCCCACAUAUGUCAAAGGUGAGCCAUUAUCUGUGAAACUCAGCUCUUUGACUUCAAUUGAUACAGUAAUCCCUUAUAGCUACUAUAGUUUACCCUUCUGUAAACCCCCAGAAGGCGUGAAAGACAUUGCUGAUAAUCUUGGUGAGCUUCUGAUUGGUGAUUGGAUCCAAAACUCGCCUUAUAACUUUCAUAUGUACACAAAUGAAACCGAGAUCUUUCUUUGUCAAACAAAAUCGUUAUCUAGUGACGAGUAUAAGCUGUUAACGAACAGGAUUGAAGAGCUAUAUCAAGUUAAUUUGUUCCUUGAUAAUUUGCCAGCCAUUCGGUAUGUUACUGAUUACCCGAGGUGGACUGGGUACCCAAUAGGUCUCAAGUUUUCUGAUUCAUAUUAUGUGUAUAAUCACUUGAAGUUCACAGUUUUGGUUCACAAGUACGAAGAGAUGAAUGUUCCUCAUAAAUACAUGGUUGUAGGAUUUGAGGUGGAUCCUUGCAGUGUUAAACAUAACCCCGAGACAUUAAAAAAUUUGAAACGUUACAGUAAGUAUCCAUCUAAGAUUGAUUGUGAGGAUAGCAUAGUAGCUUUAAAGGAAAACGAGCCCAUAGCAUUCACGUAUGAAGUCACAUUUAUCGAAAGUGACAUCAAGUGGUCAUCAAGAUGGGAUUCUUACAUGAAAAUGGAUGGAGCAAAAGUAGACUGGUUUUCAAUCGUCAAUUCACUCAUGAUCAUCACUUUUUUAGCUGGAAUCAUUCUUGUGAUCAUUUUGAGAACAACAGUUAAACGGGAUUUGUCAAAUUUGAAAAUUGUUGUAGUGGAUGUCUUCCGUUCUCCUAGCAAUCCCAUGCUUCUUUGUGUAAUGGUGGGAAAUGGGAUCCAGAUUCUUGGAACGACGGUUUUAACCAUCAUUUUUGCCGCAAUGGGAUUCAUGUCUCCGGUGUCCCGUGGCACUUUAGUCACCGGAAUUUUAAUCUUUUACAUGUUCCUCGGAAUCUUGGCUGGAUAUAUCGCCGUACGUAUGUGGCGGACAAUCUUUUCCGGCGAUCAUAAAGGAUGGGUUUCAGUUUCUUCGAAAGUUGCUUGCUUUUUCCCGGGUAUCACUUUCUUGAUUUUUUUUGUUCUAAAUUUCCUCUUAUGGACUUCACAAAGCACUAGAGCUAUCCCGUUUUCGUUAUUCGUAACCCUAAUACUACUCUGGUUUUGCAUUUCGGUUCCUUUAUCGCUUCUUGGUGGUUACUUUGGUGUAAAGGCGCCUCAUAUUGAAUACCAGAUUAGAACCAAUCAAAUUCCUCGUGAAAUCCCUGCUAAAAAGUACCCAUCUUGGGUUCUAGUUCUUGGUGCUGGAACUCUUCCAUUCGGUACCCUUUUCGUGGAGAUCAACUUCAUCAUGUCUAGCAUCUCUAUGGAUCGUGUGUACUAUAUUAUAGGGUUCAUGUUCGUUGCUUGGAUCCUUCUAGUAAUGGUUUGCGCUGAGGUGUCAUUGGUUUUGACCUACAUGCAUCUUUGUGUUGAGGACUGGAAAUGGUGGUGGAAAUCUUUUUUUGCUUCUGGGUCGGUGGCAUUGUAUAUAUUCUUGUACUCGAUAUACUAUCUCAUUUUUGAACUCAUGAGCCUAAGUGGACCAAUCUCGAUUUUACUCUACAUUGGUUACUCACUCUUGAUGGUCCUAGCCACCAUGCUAGUGACAGGCACCGUUGGGUUUCUUUCUUCUUUUUGGUUUGUGCAUUACUUGUUCUCGUCUGGGAGGCUUGAUUGA